AUGGGGCUGCUGGAGGACUGCGAGGCCGCCUUCGGCUCCCCCGAUCUCUACCAGGUAUUGGGCGUCCGCCGCCAGGCCUCGCCUGCGGAGAUCCGCCGCGGCUACCACCGCGCCUCGCUUCGCGUACACCCUGACCGUGCCGACCCGCAAGACAAGGAGGAGGCGACGAGGCGGUUCCAAAUCCUGGGCAAGGCGUACGCGGUGCUGAGCGACGCGGAGCAGCGCGCAGUGUACGAUGAGCAGGGCACGGUGGACGAGGAAGGCGAGGCGCUGAGGGGCGAGCGGGACUGGCAGGAGUACUGGCGGCUGCUCUUCAAGAAGAUCACAGUAAAAGACAUUGAAGACUUCGAAAAGAGCUACAAAGGUUCAGAAGAAGAGCUCGCCGACAUUAAAGCAGCGUACAUGGAUUUUGAGGGUGACAUGGACAGAAUAAUGGAGUCUGUGUUGUGUGUGGACUAUACAGAUGAACCGAGGAUACGGCAAAUCCUAGAGCAAGCCAUCGAUGCGGGGGAAGUCCCAUCCCACAAAGCUUUUGUCAAAGAGUCGAAGCAGAAAAUGACCGCAAGGAAGCGGCGGGCAGAAAAAGAAGCCAAGGAAGCAGAAAAGACUAAAGAUGAACUGGGCCUCGGUGGAGAGGAUGACUUGAAAGCACUGAUUCAAAGCAGAAAUAAAGAUCGGAAAAAGGAAAUGGAUGAUUUCUUGGCCCAACUGGAAGCAAAAUAUGGGAGUAAUGCUAAAAAAGGAGGAAGGAAGCCUGCAGCCAAGAAAGGAAAGAAAUAAGCAGCAGUGUAGGCUGAAAUAUCAGGUAUCAUUUUGUAUGGGAACACGUGGAUUUGGGAGCAUUUCAGAGUUUUCACGGGCUGCUGCUUCGGAGCGCGUGCGCGUCGACUUGCUGUGACCAG